AUUUGGUUUGUGGUGGUGUUUAAUUCAAACCCUGACAGUAAGGUUUUAACUCCUCCUGGGUGAGAAUCAGUCAGUAUUUGUCGCCACCCAGUGGCUGCUCCUGCUCUGUUCAGCCACUCCUCUGUGUGAAACCAUUUCAUUUCUCUGUGGAACAUAAAAAACAAAUCAGACUCCUCUCUGCUGCUAGAGGGCGUGAAAAAUACCUGCAGCACGAGGGAGCAUCAUCACAAGAUGUCUGGUGGUGGCCCUCCCUCCUCCUCCUACCUCCAUACCUGUUCGUUGAGUCAAAACCGGAGGGACCACGUCCACGUCCAACCUGCCGCACAUUCCUGCUCUCUAUCAACUUCCCGGGAAACAACAGGGAAGCGAGGAGAGAAACAAAUGAAUCAGUUUACCGGAAUGUAGCACAAAAGUCCGCUGCCUGUUUCGUCUGAUGUUUUAGAAGUUUUUACAAAGUUUGCCACCAGAAAAGAAAAGAUGUUUUCCUUCCUGCGGUCAGUCAGAGACCCCCCACCUGAGAACAUCCACAUCUCCUCUCUGCCUCCCAGUGUUCCCACAGAUCAGGAGCCAGAACAAACUGGAGGACACGGUGACGUGGUGGAUGGGAAAGCAGUGAUCGCGACCACACACACACACAGAGUCUCAGCCCCCUCGGUCUUCCUCCAGAAACAGGAUAAUGAACCUGUUUCUGCUACUUACUUUGACCAGAGGGUCCCUGUUCCUGAGGAGGACAGUGAGAGGUGGAUUAGUCUCCGUAAGCUGUGGGCCUUCACCGGGCCGGGGUUUCUGAUGAGCAUAGCCUACCUGGACCCAGGUAACAUCGAGUCUGACCUGCAGUCUGGUGCUAAAGCUGGCUUCAAGCUCCUCUGGGUGCUGCUGGGAGCCACCAUCAUCGGUCUGCUGCUGCAGCGGCUGGCGGCUCGGCUGGGCGUGGUCACCGGGAUGCACCUGGCUGAAGUCUGCAACCGCCAAUACCACACUGUGCCUCGUAUCAUCCUGUGGUUGAUGGUGGAGCUGGCGAUCAUCGGCUCAGACAUGCAGGAGGUCAUCGGCUGUGCCAUCGCCUUCAACCUUCUCUCCUCUGACAGGAUCCCACUGUGGGGUGGUGUCCUCAUAACCAUCAUCGACACGUUUGUCUUCCUCUUCUUAGACAAGUACGGCCUGAGGAAGCUGGAAGCCUUCUUUGGUUUGCUCAUCACCAUCAUGGCCAUCACCUUUGGAUAUGAGUAUGUGACAGUGAGUCCAGACCAAGGCCAGCUGCUGAAGGGGAUGUUCAUGCCAUACUGCGAGGGCUGCGGGCCUGUUCAGCUGACUCAGGCCGUCGGCAUCGUGGGAGCCGUCAUCAUGCCUCACAACAUUUACCUCCACUCUGCUCUUGUCAAGUCUCGCGAAGUGGAUCGAUCGAACAAGAAAGAAGUAAAAGAGGCCAACAAAUAUUUCUUCGUUGAGGCGACCAUAGCGCUGUUUGUCUCUUUCCUCAUCAAUGUGUUUGUGGUGGCUGUUUUCGCCGAGGCUUUCUAUGGACGCACAAACAAAGAGGUGUAUAGCGUCUGCAAUCAAUCAGGAAGUCCUCAUUCACAUCUGUUCCCUCUGAACAAUGAAACUCUAGAGGUGGACAUCUACAAAGGGGGAGUGGUGCUGGGCUGUUUCUUCGGCCCGGCAGCGCUCUACAUCUGGGCCGUGGGGAUCCUUGCAGCUGGUCAGAGCUCCACCAUGACUGGAACGUACUCCGGCCAGUUUGUCAUGGAGGGUUUUUUGAACCUGCGCUGGUCGCGUUUCGCUCGGGUGUUGUUGACCCGCUCCCUCGCCAUCGCUCCCACCCUGCUGGUGGCCAUCUUCCAGGACGUGCGGCACCUGACAGGCAUGAACGACUUCCUCAACGUGCUGCAGAGCAUGCAGUUGCCAUUUGCCCUCAUUCCCAUCCUCACUUUCACCAGUUUGCCCUCUCUCAUGAAUGAGUUUGCCAAUGGAUUAGUGUCCAAGAUCGGAGGAGGAGUGGUAAUCUUGUUGGUGUGUGCAAUCAACAUGUACUUUGUCGUGGUCUACGUGACUGCACUCGACAGUGCGUGGCUGUAUGUGCUGGCAGCGUUCCUCUCCAUAGCUUACCUGACAUUUGUGGGAUAUUUGGUGUGGUUAUGUCUGAUAGCUCUGGGAGUGUCCUGCCUGGAUCCGAGCACCAGGAGAGAGAACGACUCGACCAUCCUGAUCGAGCAGCAGCCGGAGUUUGACUCCUGAAUCAAAUGUGUGUUCGAGUGGACGUUCGUUCAUUUCACAGGUGCAGCUGUGAGCAACCCAACUGACCUUUGACUGUUCUUCCAGCACAUAUAUACUCUCCUUAAGUGCGGAUUUAUUUAUACUAGAAGUUUCAGAUGAAAUUUUGUAUUAAUGGUGCUAUAGAUAGUUUUAUUCAGUAAUCACGAAUCUGUUAGGGUUGUUGUCUGUAUCUUUAGUCACACCCCAAUUACUGAUUAUUCAAAACAAUUAAUACGAUUUUUACCAAACUGACAGGUUUAAAGGUGUGGAUGAGGUUUUACAAGGUAAUUUCACAGGAUGACACACAAUAUAAAACACUACUGUAUCUGUAUCUUUCUGCAGGGUUCACCAAGUUUAAUUUAUGACUUUUUUUUUUAGACCUUUUUAAUACCACAUAAAAUGCAAUUUAAUAUCUGUUUCAUGAUCACACUGGCCGAAGCAUAAAAGUAUGAUGGAAAACCAGUAGAGACGAUAUGACCUAGAAUUAUUCAUUAUUAUAUCACAUUUUAUAUGUAUUUUUUAUAUAAUUCAUUAAUUUAGUUAAGUUUUAAUUAAGUUUGCACUAAAAAUCAACACUUGCCCAUUAUGACACAAUGAUAUUGCUAGCUGCUGAAGCUAGCAGUAGUGACAGUGUUUGCUGCAGGUCUGACUCCACAAAAAAUGAAUUCAGUGUUUUUGCAGAUACCCUGCUACCUCCAUGCAGUUUCUCUUUUGGCCACAGGGCGACAGUGCAGGCCAGAAAAGAGACUCCUCAGACACAGUAAAUGUCUCACCACCAGAGCUGUGCAACAUAACACAACAACAUUAAAUGACAUGGUGUGUUAUAUCACGUUUUAUGUGUUGUUACAGCUGCACAGAAACAGCAUUAUUGUAUGAAACAAACCAAAUAAAAUGAGUAGCGGUGAUACGA